GUUGAACCAAGUAAUUCGAGCCACUUCGCAAGGGGACGCAAAUUCUACAAAUAUUUAGGUUGUAUUCUUGAAAUAAACAGCCUGGCGUUUUCGCCAUUGGAAGACUGGAUGUCUGCGAGGCUUGUCUGCAUAGCAAAUGGUUAAGAUUAAGUUUUCUGCAAAUCGGUGAAGCCGAACCAGGAAGAGCAAAGCACAUCGCUCAGGCAGCCACCGUCCUCUCUCUCUCUCGCUUUCUCUCUACUCCCCUGCUCUCCCCCAGUACGGAGAUCAGUUCAGCCAUCACACCAGUCCAUAACUAUUUCGACGCAUCUCCAGGCACAGUAUGACGGAGUGUGCCCAGUGGUACAGCAUGUGAUGAUCCACGCCCGGAACGAAGGUUCCCUCAGCCAGAGCUGCAGCACAGGGAGGCGGGAACACUGCCCCCAUAGGCCACAUGGUGAGACCAUGGGCGGGGCCUGGCUUGAGCGCACGCUGCGAUUCGGCAGGACAUUGAAGAAGUGUAGGACCAAGCGAGGAAGGGGAGGGGUUAAAGAGAUGCGGGAGAAGGCGCCGGAACGGAAUAGGAGGCGGGGCAGGAAAUCAUAUCCCUUACGAGGAAGGGGAGGGUUUUCAGAGGAAGAGGGACUUAGCUGUCACGUUUUACUCACGCGGUUGGAGGAGGACAUCCAGGAGCAGGAGGACACCAAUGAGAGGGGGAAUGAUUCGCUUACCCAACCACCCGUGAAACCUGAAUCCCGGAUCAAGAAACUGGGCAAAGGAAAAGGCGAAGCCAAGGGGAAACUCCUGGCGAAGAAGAUGAUAUCCAAAACCACCAGUGAUGUGCAGGAGUCGCCGUUUCCAGAGCCGCGUAAGCGACGGUUAGCUUCUCUCAACGCUGAGGCGGUGAACAGUCUGCUGUUGGAGAGACCCAAUGAGACCCAGCCGGCUGGAAAACAGGCCAGGAGACAGCAGGAGGAGCCCUCCAGCGGUGAGUCAACCCUGGGGACAGAUCCAGCUAGUGGCGGGGUGGCCGGAGGUCCUAAAGCUCAAAGAGCCAGCAGCAGCAAGGCCUCCAUAUUGCACAAGCCUGAACUAUGCCGACGCUCCAAAAGGGCCAAGAAAGUCUCCAAGAAACGGACCAAAGGAGAUAAAGGAGAGAAGAAAGAGACUGCGAUGAUGACUCUACAGAUGUUACACACCCCUGCUCCUCGACGGCUAGCCGGACUCAACGCUGCCGCGCUGCUAAAGUUAACUAGCACCUCCGCAACUAGCAAACAGCGAGUGAAACCAACAUCGACUCCGACGACCGACUGCAAGACCACGAGCGCCGCAUCAGUUGAUGUGAAGCAGAAGCAACCGCGACUGAAUCUUAAACAGUGUGGCCGCCAGCCUAAGCAGAAGGGAAGGAAGUUGAUUCCAGAACAGGGAUGCUGCAAGAAGUCCAACUUUGAGCCCAAAGUGGAGUGGGAGUCUGGAGGUUGCACCCACCGGCUAACCAAACCAGGCUACCAGUCGCGCAGCAUGCUAGCCUACCCGCUGAAGCCUGUCGUCAAAGAAGAGCAGGUUGAGGCAGAGCUGAGACCGUACUACUGCUGCCCCCCAGAGGGUUCUGUGGAGUACUGCCACCGCCUAGCAUUGUUCCUGGGUCAGAAGGCCUAUGCUGACUCAGAAGAACAACCUUUAAACGCUGCAAUUACCCCUAUGAAGCGGGAGUGCCUGGUGACAUCGCCCUCCGUGGCCCACCCCCAUUCCCAUGCAGCCCUGACCCUCAGCCCCCACCCUUGCCUCUGCACCGCCGACCCCGCCUGCUUCUCCAGCUACUACGUCCACAUCGCACACCCCGGAGCUCCGUCAACCACCCUCAGCUCGAGACCUCUGAACUUUGGCACCUCGACAAUGUGUCCCGGCAUGGUGUCUGGGUCCAAGCUGCUGGGUCCUCCGGUGUCCCAUGCCUCGACACUGGCCCACCCUGCUUUCUGUGGCUCAGUGGGCUCGCCCUACUACAGCAAGGCCUGCCGUGUCAGCGGCUACACCUACAGAGCCAUGCAGCCGGUCAACAGCAGGGGGUGCUCUUUCUCCACAGGCUGUUCCGGGUUUACACACGGCAUCAGGACAGAGGGUUACUCUUCCCCCAAAGGCGACCAUAGCCCCUCCCUCCUGGUCUCCCCCUCCCUCCCACUCUCGGGUUGCCCCCUCCACACCACCCCCUCCUCCACCCAGGCCAAGCCCCAUCUCCUCACCCCCCUGUCUGACUGCAGAGUGCCCCAUGCUAGACUGAAGCUGGCCAGGGAGUGCCCUCAGAGCACCAAGCCACCUAACGGUUAUCUGUCCAUGGGGAGAACCAGGCUGUCGCAGAAACAGCCAGCCCCGACAACCUGCCUGUCCCCCGCCAAGCAGAAGAGGGUCAGCCGCCGACGGGCCACCAAUGGGUGGCUGCCUGUAGGAGUGCCCACGGAGAAAGAAGUGUUCAUUGCGGGGGAGGAUGAGACGGCUUUGCGGCAGUGUUAUGAAGGAGUACAGAGAGACAGCGAAGUAAUACGUAUCAGAGACACAGUGCUGCUGCGCUCCGGUCCCCGGAAGAAGUCCCUGCCCUACGUCGCCAAGAUAUCAGCGCUCUGGGAGGAUCCCAAAUCUGGAGAGCUGAUGAUGAGCCUGUUCUGGUACUAUCGACCUGAACACACACAGGGAGGCCAAGACUCCAGUAUGCACUGUGAGAAAGAGAUUUUUGCCUCUCGGCAUCAAGACGAGAACAGUGUGGCCUGCAUCGAAGAUAGAUGCUAUGUUCUCCCACUAGCACAAUACUGUAGAUUUUGUGCCUUGGUGAAGCGGCGUGAAGAGAGAGCGCCCCCUGGCACUGCCAGAGUGGUCCCCUGCACCUCGGACUUCAACCUCCCCGACCACCGCCAGGUUCCUGCCAACAUCAACCCUGAACUAGUGUACCUUUGCCGCCACGUCUACGACUUCCGAUACGGACGCAUCCUCAAGAACCUGCAGUAGGGGCAGCAGAGGACACGCAAACACACCCACACACACCCCUAGUGGAGCAAACACACUCCUACACAUGGGGCUGAAGGAUGAGAGGGGUAACCCCUGAAGUGUUUUGGUGGGACCCCUGAUUGACCCUUGACCCCUGAUAGGCACUCGGGUCAGCUGGAGGGAGGCUGAAGGAUCAAGUAUCGAAGGGGGACCACUGAUAUCUGAGUGGGUACCUUAGCCCCCUUUAGAACUGUAGCUAUGGAGCUGAAGUUUUGGCUCCCUCAACUGGAGAACUAUACUGGCUUGGAGAAGGGAGAGAUGGAUACUUUCACAGAGAUCUGUUCCUCCACACCACGUAAAGAGUUAAUGGUCCCGGUCCCCAUGUCCCGCUAUACCAUGUGCAUCAACAGCCGUGUUGUUGACCUAACAAGAAGAGGAGCUGUUAUAGCAGAGUGACACUGGGCUUAUCACGUCAUUGUUUUGAUGUUAGAGCCUGACGUAAUGACAACGUUCUUCUUCAGUUGUGUUUGUCUCUGAGGCAGCUGUGAUCAUGAGGGCACACACACACUGAGGUUUUAUAUCCCUGCCGUGUGUCAGAGAGUGACGUCGUGGGUGGUGUGUGUUCAGUGAGGUUUUAUAUCCCUGCCGUGUGUCAGAGAGUGACGUCGUGGGUAGUGUGUGUUCAGUGAGGUUUUAUAUCCCUGCCGUGUGUCAGAGAGUGACGUCGUGGGUGGGUGUGUGUUCAGUGAGGUUUUAUAUCCCUGCCGUGUGUCAGAGAGUGACGUCGUGGGUAGUGUGUGUUCAGUGAGGUUUUAUAUCCCUGCCGUGUGUCAGAGAGUGACGUCGUGGGUGGUGUGUGUUCAGUGAGGUUUUAUAUCCCUGCCGUGUGUCAGAGAGUGACGUCGUGGGUGGUGUGUGUUCAGUGAGGUUUUAUAUCCCUGCCGUGUGUCAGAGAGUGACGUCGUGGGUGGUGUGUGUUCAGUGAGGUUUUAUAUCCCUGCCGUGUGUCAGAGAGUGACGUCGUGGGUGGUGUGUGUUCAGUGAGGUUUUAUAUCCCUGCCGUGUGUCAGAGAGUGACGUCGUGGGUGGGUGUGUGUUCAGUGAGGUUUUAUAUCCCUGCCGUGUGUCAGAGAGUGACGUCGUGGGUGGUGUGUGUUCAGUGCAGGUUUUAUAUCCCUGCCGUGUGUCAGAGAGUGACGUCGUGGGUGGUGUGUGUUCAGUGAGGUUUUAUAUCCCUGCCGUGAGUCAGGGAGUGACGUCGUGGGUGGUGUGUGUUCAGUGAGGUUUUAUAUCCCUGCCGUGUGUCAGAGAGUGACGUCGUGGGUGGUGUGUGUUCAGUGAGGUUUUAUAUCCCUGCCGUGUGUCAGAGAGUGACGUCGUGGGUGGUGUGUGUUCAGUGCAGGUUCACAAAGGAUCGCAGUGUUUCCCCUAUAUUUCCCCUGUGGUAAAUCGUGGCCACCAAGAAAGUAUAUAAAGUGCCAGUCAAAAGUUUGGACACACCUACUCAUUCAAGGGUUUUUCUUUAUUUGUACUAUUUUCUACAUUGUAGAAUAAUAGUUAAGACAUCACACCUAUGAAAUAACACGUGGAAUCAUGUAGUAACCAAAAAAGUGUUUAACAAAUCAAAAUAUAUUUGAGAUUCUUCAAAGUAGCCACCCUUUGCCUUGAUGACAACUUUGCACACUCUUGGCAUUCUGUCAACCAGCUUCAUGAGGUAGUCACCUGGAAUGCAUUUCAAUUAACAGGUGUGCCUUGUUAAAAGUUAAUUUGUGGAAUUUCUUUCCUUAAUGCGUUUGAGCCAAUCAGUUGUGUUGUGACAAGGUAUGGGUGAUAUGCAAAAGAUAGCCCUAUUUGGUAAAAGACCAAGUCAAUAUUAUGGCAAGAACAGCUCAAAUAAGCAAAGAGAAAUGACAAUCCAUCAUUACUUUAAGACAUGAAGGUCAGUCAAUCUGAAAAAUUUCAAGAACUUUGAAAGACCUUCACGAAUUUCUGCAAAGAAACCACUACUCAAGGACGCAGAGUAUGUGAACAGAGGAUCUCCUUAUUUGUGGUUCCCUUCUCCCAAGCAUGGAGGAGAUGUGAUUAAAAAUGAUUUCAUCCAUUUUAGAAUAAGGCUGUAAGGUAACAAAAUGUGGAAAAAGGGAAGGGGCCUGAAUACUUUCUGAAUGCCCUGUAUUAAGGGAUGCACCGUUAUGACAUUUUUGCCUGAUUCCAAUAGCCAUAAUAUUUUCCUUGCCAAAAAAACGAUACCGAUAUUUAACAUUUUAGCGGCCUUUUAAUUAUCCUAGUACAGUUAAAUAGUUGACACACACACACAAGUUUUUGUUGGCAUUUACCUACAGUGUCUUGCAAAACUAUUCACCCCCCCCCCCGAGGAGUUUUUCCUAUUUUGUUGCAUUACAACCUGUAAUUUAAAUUGAUUUUUAUUUGGAUUUCAUGUCAUGGAUAUACAUAAAAUAGUCCAAAUUGGU